CACUUGAUUAGUCUUUCACAUGAAACGGGAUCAGAGCGUCUACUGUUGAUCACCUCCAGGAUGAACCACAGACCGCUUGCAGCCCAUCGAACCAGCCGGACUGUAGGUUACAUCGACAGCCCCAGAGCCCGGAGUCGUGAUAACCUGCUCAUGUAUGAUGAUUUUGGAGAGGAAACAUGUUGCUCCGGACGAUGCCUUGGCCACAGUAACUCUGAGAGACAGCUUAUGGCUCGUCUCACCGCUGCUAAACGACGCCAGGCUCUUCGUGGUCCUGCCUACAUGUUCUCAGCUCCCUCAGUCAGCCUGUCAGAGGUUGAACAGCGUUUCCUGGAAGCAGCUGAAUACGGCAACAUACCAGAGGUGCGGCGUAUGCUGCUGCAUAUACCCAACUUGAAUGUCAACGCUGUUGACUACAUGGGCCAAAAUGCACUGCAGCUGGCUGUGGCCAACGAACAUCUGGAGGUGACGGAGCUGCUGCUGGGGAGGGCAGAUUUGGCCAGAGUGGGCGACGCUCUCCUUUUAGCCAUCAGUAAAGGUUAUGUCCGUAUCACAGAGGCCCUGCUGGGUCACCAAGCAUUUAGAGACGCCCGUCGUCUGACAGCGAGCCCUGCUCAGGCAGACAUGUUGGAUGACUUCUAUGCUUAUGAUGAAGAUGGGACAAGAUUUUCUCAUGAUGUGACUCCAGUGAUACUGGCUGCAGACUGUCAGGAAUAUGAAAUAGUUCACACCCUGCUAAGUAAAGGGGCUCGCAUCGAUCCUCCUCACGACUACUUCUGUGGCUGCGACUCGUGCAACUACCAGCAGCAGUUUGACUCCUUCAGCCACUCCCGAUCAAGGAUCAAUGCCUACAGAGGACUCGCAAGUCCUGCUUACCUCUCCCUGUCUAAUGAGGAUCCAGUGCUUGCUGCACUGGAGCUCAGCAACGAACUGGCCAUGCUGGCUAAUAUUGAGAAAGAAUUUAAGAAUGACUACUCCCACCUGUCGAGCCAGUGUAAGGACUAUGUGGUGGGCCUUCUGGACCUGUGUCGCAGCACAGAGGAAGUGGAGGCCAUACUGAAUGGAGAAACGGACUCUGAAGACAGCUAUGAUGUACCGGGUCGCCCUUCCCUCACACGGCUCAAAUUAGCCAUCAAAUAUGAACUCAAAAAGUUUGUGGCUCAUCCUAACUGCCAGCAGCAGCUGCUGAGUAUCUGGUAUGAGAACCUGCCUGGCCUGAGACAACAAACCACUGCCAUCAAACUGCUGGUGGUGCUGGCAGUGGCUAUAGGACUGCCUGGACUGUCUGUGGCUUAUUGGAUUGCCCCUUGCAGCAGAGUGGGGAAAGUGAUGCGUAGCCCCUUCAUGAAGUUUGUGGCUCAUGCUUCAUCCUUCACAAUUUUCCUGGGUCUUCUCAUCCUGAAUGCUGCUGACCGCUUUGCAGGCACCACCCUGCUGCCAAACAUGACACACCAUCAGCACCCAGGAAGCUCUCAAGGCAACUCUGACCCGCUGCUGCUCUACCGGAUGACCACAACACCCUUCACCUGGAUGGAGAUGCUUAUCAUCUCAUGGGUUAUUGGUAUGAUUUGGGCUGAGGUAAAGGAGAUCUGGAGUCAAGGACCAGGGGAGUACCUGGUUGAACCCUGGAACUUCUUGGACUUUGGGAUGCUGGCCAUCUUCCUGGCUUCUUUUAGCUGCCGCUUCUCCGCUCUGAGACAUGCUAACUUAGCACAGGCCUACGUCUCCUCACGCUACACAACACUGAUUAACGUCACACUGCCCCCUGAGAUACACUACUUUACUCUGGCUCGUAUCUACUGGUUGCCGUCAGAUCCUCAGCUGGUCUCAGAGGGCCUGUACGCGGUUGCAGUGGUGCUGAGCUUCUCUCGGAUUGCUUAUAUCCUCACAGCCAAUGAGAGCUUCGGUCCACUGCAGAUCUCUUUAGGGAGGACAGUCAAGGACAUAUUUAAGUUCAUGGUCAUCUUCAUCUUGGUCUUUCUGGCAUUCAUGAUUGGCAUGUUCAACCUGUACUCUUAUUACCUGGGGGCAAAGCAAAAUGACGCCUUUACAACCCUGGAGGAGAGCUUCAAGACAUUGUUCUGGGCUAUAUUUGGACUGUCUGAGGUCAGAUCCGUGGUGAUCAACAACGGACACAAAUUCAUCGAGAACAUUGGUUACGUCCUGUACGGGGUUUACAACGUUACCAUGGUGAUAGUGUUGCUCAACAUGCUCAUUGCCAUGAUUAACAGUUCCUUCCAGGAGAUUGAGGAUGAUGCUGACGUUGAGUGGAAGUUUGCUCGUGCAAAACUGUGGUUCUCCUACUUCGAGGAGGGAAGGACCCUCCCUGUGCCCUUUAACCUGGUCCCUAGCCCAAAAUCUAUGGCCGGACUGGCCACAGCCAUCAAGGCCCUGCUUCUGCAGUUAGUCGAAGGACACAAUGAGGAGAAAACUGAGACCCAACUCAACCAGCUUGGAGUAAGCAAAAACUCAGUAUAUGGUGCUUCUACCAGCCGAACCAGAUAUCAGAAGAUCAUGAAGCGCCUGAUAAAGCGGUACAUCAUCAAAGCCCAAGCAGACAGAGAGAGUGAUGACAUCACUGAAGGAGAGCUGAAAGAGAUCAAGCAGGACAUCUCCAGUUUGCGAUAUGAGCUGCUGGAAGAAAAAGCACAGAACAUGGAGACGCUUGAUGGCCUGCUGAGGAGGCUGGGAGAGAUCAGUACAUCUUCAUCAUAGCACUGCCUGUUGCUCUGACUCGUACAUUAACGUGUAGAGCUCAAAGAUUAAGUGCCUGUUCACUGUCAAAGAAUGCUGGUACACACAGUGACAAAACAUUACAAUUUAUGUAUGUGAAUAUAAAAAUUAAAAUG